AUGCCAUGUGCCAAGGCCCACCGCUGUUCCCAGGCUGCCAGGAGGUGGAUGGAGACCCGACGUACUCUGGAUGUCGAACCCCAGCAGACUGCCAGUGGCAGCCAUGCACGUAACCACAAGUUGGUCAUUCCGGCAGAGGCACCGCACAAGAAGUUUGUUCUUCUCGUUGGCGCGUCCCAUCUGCGGAGCAUUGCAGAUUGGAUUGUUGUGAUGCCAGAGGUUCCUGUUCCUGUGCUGCCAAGGAAACCAGACGCUGUCCUUGUGCAGGCCCCAAGCAACAACCUGACAGCUAGCAGGACCAUCCAUGAGGCCGCCGCAGAUUUCUGCCAAUUUCUUGCGACGGUCUGCAGCCAUCAUACCAGUCAACACCUUUGCCAGGAGUACCAUCGCGUUGCUGCAAGCAUGGGUGUAAAGUACUACCCGGUUGCCGAGUACUUCCCCAUGAGCAAUUUGGAGUUGUGGUGCAGGGAUGGUGUCCACCUGUCGGACACUGUGGGGAUGCCUAUCCUGGCACAGUUGCUGUGGAUGGCUUCUUACAUGGUUCUUGAGCCACCAGUACCCAAACCGCAGACCCCACCCAGACAGGCAAAGUGUGCACCAUCUCAAAGAAUUGUCGUCAAAGGAGAGGUCGUCAAACGGGAUCCCUCAGCCAAUCCGUUUGAGUGGAGCACUGUCCGGCGUGGUCGGAAGGCUACGUUGUGGGGCUGUUCCAUCCCCGUCAGUGGUGGCAGGUUUAGCGCCCUGUCACAUCUGGUGGAAGACGUUACUCCACCAGCUGCCUGCGUUUCAGCCACAUCAGCGGUUCCAAAAGUCAGGAAGGAACCACGUGCGAAACCGAGGCAGAGAGCUGCUGCCUCAAAGCAAAGCCUGCAGGUAGAGGCAGCUACAGCUGUUGUGCAGGUGUGCUCCUUGACAUCCCGUACCGGUACAGCGAGCGCGUCGGUGACCCAGGAGGCGGACGCAGCUCCAGGUCUUCAGUCCACAUCUGCUGUGCGACUGCCUGCCAGGUCUGUGGGGGAGGGAGCAACGCAGAGCGCCGCUGACGUGACCGGCAACCAUACUGUGUUAAAUGGUGGCAUGCAGUGGUCCAGUCUUGUUGGGACUCAUCUCAGGGUCAAAGAUGAUGAUACCUACUGA